UUCCACAGAAUCGACAAGAACGCCGCUCCUGAGAUAUAAUGUAGUUGGUUGUGUCUUGUAAUCUUUUUGAAUUUGUGAAGAUGCAGUCAAGAGAAGAAAUUAAUAACUUUUACCUGCAGAAAAUAGUUACAGAUGUUGAAAAGAAACUUGUUGAACUUUUUAUCCAAGAAUGGAACACUCAUUACAAAAAAUCUCUCGGAGAAUGGGAAAAUACAAACGUUAGUGGCCAGAAAUUGUUCAAUAUUGAAGUUUCAAAAAAGAAACCUCCUGGGAAACAUAUUCUGUCAAAUUUUCAAAAUGGUGACACUAGUAAGUGGGAUUGUACGGCGCUAUUUGCAGCGAUAUUGCAUUCCAAAUCAAUUGGAACAAAAAUUGAUCCAAAAGUUAGAGAUGCUGUGAAUGAACUUCGUGAAGAAAGAAACACAUUCAUCCAUAAAUAUAAAGGAAAAGUUUCUGAUGAAGAAUUUCAUACAAUGGUUUGUAAUAUUGAAAACUCGUUUCAAGAUCUGGGAUUUUCAUUUAAUGAAAUUAAUGAAAUAAAAAGUGAACGAAACAAAUUUAAUUCUUUUCAAGUACUUCCUAGCAAACCAAAUCACGAUGUGGUUAAACGUACAGAAUUACUUAAUCAAAUCACAGCAGAUCUCAAUAACUUGCGCAGUACUAACAAUAAUGAACUAACAUAUUACUAUAUUUCUGGUAAUCCUGGCAGUGGUAAGUCUCAAUUAGCUAGACAAAUUUGUGAAGAAAUGUAUAACUCGUUUGACUGGGAAAAGAAUACGACAUUUGUGAUGACACUCGAAGGAAAAGAUAUCGACUCUCUUUUAAAAACUUAUGUUGAACUUUAUCAACGAUUAAGCAAUGAUAAAACUGUCAUUGAAAAUAUUUUAAAAGAAGCAAAAAGCAUCUGCAGUUGA